GCUGAGCUGGCAAAGUUGCGGCAGGUCAGAGGGGAGCUGGAGGCACAAGGUGCUUUGAAGAAGCUCUCUGACGAUGAGCUGGUUGCGCUCGACACCGCGCCGCGCCCGGAGGACGAGAAGCUGGCGGUCCAGCUCCUCACGCGCACGCCCGAGGGAUCAGACACAACGCCAGCAGUGCCGGCGCAGCUAGGCAGCCAGGCCGCUAGUCUCCCCCCUGGGGUGGCUGCAGGAAUGGUCCCAUUGCUAACAACGGAGGCACCCCACACGCCAUCCGGAGCGUAUUGUGUGGUCCCUUGGCAGCUGCAGGCACAGAAUGCCAUGGCUGCACCUCCCGUCCAGCAGUACAGUGAUAUCCUCAAAGAGGUUGCCGGCACCAAGGGCCCGCAAGUGCCUGUGGCACCCAUCUCGCUGAGUUACGAGUCCGUCCUGUCCCAGACAGUGGGCCCGGCAGCACUCGACUUGGACGCGCAGUGCUCCAUCACGGAAUUCGGCCGGGAGAUCGCCGAAGCUCGGAAUAUGUACUCGAAUCAAAUGACCCAGGUCGAGUUGCCACCGGGUCGGCCCGACUACGGCCGACAAAUUGCAAAGCUUGAGCUUCCACCGGGCAACGUCUGGGGCUGGUGA